AUGAAACGCAGAAUAUCGUGCGCAGCACCAGUACGCCGAGAAUGGGUCGUCGAGCAGUAUAUCAAAACAAAAGAGGAAUACCAACAACAAGUAAAGAACGCACAGACCGCCAGCUGGAAGGAUUUCUGCAGCAAACAAGAUCGCGAAUCUAUGUGGGACGGGAUUUACAGGGUAAUAGGCCGCACAACUCAGAGACACGAAGAUAUCCCUCUUGUAAGAGAGGGGAAGACUCUGGACAACGCAGAAUCAGCAAGAUUCUUGGCGGAGACCUUCUACCCGGACGACAACACCCAGGAGGAUGACGCGGAACACAGGCUUAUCAGAAAGGAAGCUGAAUCAGUGAACGUAGGGUCACUUGAUGACUCAAGUGACCCACCUUUUACGGUAGAGGAGCUUAUGUGGGCCGCGUCCAGCUUUAAUCCCAAAAAAGCUCCAGGGAAUGAUGGUCUCACAGCCGAUAUCUGCGCAGCGGCCAUUGCCCUGGACCCGCCACUGUUUUUGGCACUAGCCAAUAAGUGUCUGGAGCUGGCUCAUUUCCCUAACAAAUGGAAGGAGGCGAAAGUAGUAGUGUUGCGAAAGCCUGGUAAAGAGGACUACACGCACCCCAAGUCCUACAGGCCGAUUGGGCUACUGCCUGUUCUAGGGAAAGUCCUAGAGAAAAUGAUGGUGCGGAGAAUCAAGUGGCACAUCGUACCCAAAUUAAGCAAAAAGCAAUAUGGUUUUAUGCCACAGCGCAGCACCGAGGACUCCCUCUAUGACAUGAUACAGCUUAUAAAAGCUAACAUCAAUGAUAAAAAAUUGAUUGUAUUAGUAUCACUUGACAUAGAGGGAGCCUUCGAUAACGCCUGGUGGCCAGCUGUACGAUGUGCACUUACAAGAUCCGGAUGCCCCAUAAACAUCAGACGAUUAGUGGACAGCUACCUGAACGAUAGAUCUGUAAGCAUUAAAUAUUCAGGGGCGGAAUGGGGCAAAACGACCACGAAGGGGUGCGUGCAGGGCUCGAUAGGCGGUCCACUUUUCUGGAAUCUUCUGUUGGAUCCACUCCUGAAACAGCUAACGGAUAGAGGGGAGUACUGCCAGGCUUUCGCAGACGACGUGGUCCUGAUAUUCUCCGGAGACAAGGGUUUGGAAGUGCAGGAGAAAGUCAAUGCAGCCCUCGCACAUAUUCGGAGGUGGGGAGUCAAAAACAAACUAACAUUUGCACCUCAGAAAACCAAAGCAAUGGUUAUUACAAAGAAGAUCAAAUUUGACUCGCCACUUUUGAAUAUGGGUGGGGAAAGCAUUGCUAUAUCAAAAGAAAUAAAAAUACUCGGCCUCACAGUCGAUGACAAGCUGACCUUCAACACGCACGUGAAGAAUGUGUGCUGCAAGGCUCAAAAUGUAUAUCGUCAGCUGUGUAGAGCCGCAAAGGUUCAUUGGGGCCUAAACUCCGAGAUUAUUAGGACCAUCUACAUCGCAGUAGUGGAGCCAAUCAUUAUGUAUGCGGCAAGCGCGUGGUCGCCGGCGACAAAUAAAAAGCUUAUCAAAAAACAGUUCGAUGCGGUACAACGCGGGUUCGUACAGAAAAUAAUCAAAUCAUAUAAAACUGUAUCUCUGCACUCGGCCCUACUACUCGCCGGGCUGCUUCCCUUGGACCUGAGGGUCCGGGAAGCAGCCUUGCUUUAUGAAGUAAAGAAAGGUUACUCCCGGCGAGUGGUGGGGGACAGAGAAAUGGAGAAAAAAGUAGAGUUUGUUCUCAGCAAUUCGUGUACUGAAGCCGUUACUAGUCAAAAUCUAAGUCAAGAGGUUGUAAUAACUGAAGAUCUAGCAAAUAUUACUGACGAGGUAUUCGAGGAAGCUCAAUCUGAAUCCAGUUCUAACUUCAAUGACGAAUACCUUUUAAAAGUUAUUGAACACACUGAUUUAAUACAAAAAACUCUAGACAGUAGUAGAAGUGUCACACGCUUAAACAAGGAAAGUAUUAAAAAGUCUCUGGAAGAAAUUAAGCGCAGCACACAGCAGUUACAUAACCAAGUUAAAAAUAUUUUGCGACAUUCAACGUUAUCGACUGAAAAGAAAACCGCUUCUAUAAUCAGAAAUACGAUCAAGGAAGAGUUCGAAAAGAUUGCGUUAAAGCCUCAGCAAUUCGCCGCUCCACCACUGCUAGAACCACUUCGUCCAGAUAUCACCCCGGCGCCAAUUCAAAGUUACGCCACUGUUGUUAAGACUAUAAAGGCAACUGAGAAACCCUCUAUUCCGAUAACAAAACCAGCUUUAAUAGUAACCUCUAAACAACCAGUGUCUUCAUCACAGGAGACGGUCCACGCGUGGAGAAAAAGCGUUCAUUUCAAAAAGCUUACAUUCACUCCCGCUGACGUAAAAGGAGUCUCUAACCAUAAACUUCGAGUAGAAUUCGACAAACAGGAGCAAAGAGACGAGAUUUUAGAAACAAUAAAUCGGCCAGACAGCCUGGUUUGCGCGGAAAUAGCGAAAAAACUCAAGCCUAUGGUCAUACUUAAGGGCAUUUUCAAAGAUACACCCGUAACUGAGCUUGUUGAUAUUAUCAUCAAUCAAAACACUAAAAUCAAAGAUAUUAUUACAUCACCCGAAGACAUAACAUAUAAGUUUAUGCGCAACAACAAAAACCAGAAACUCUAUAACGCUGUAUUUAUGGUUGCUCCCCAUAUCUGGAGAGUAAUCAUAGAAAUACAAAAAGUUGAUAUAGACCACCAACGUGUACACGCAGAAGAUUUUCCAGCAUUUCUUCAGUGUUAUAAAUGCAUGCAAUCUGGACACACCAAAAAGCACUGCACUGAAGAGGAAACAAACUGUUCCCACUGCUCCUCCAAUUCACACACAUACAAAGACUGCCCGGUAAAAAAAGAUCUAAAUAAAAUAAACUGCUACAACUGUACAUUACACGCUAAAAAAUACAACUUAAAUUUAAAUACCAAUCAUAGCGCUACGUCACUAUACUGCCCUCGUGUCCAUAAACAGAUUGAAACCUGCAAAAAUAAAACCGACUAUGGAUACUAA